UGAUAUGAUGCUUAGUUAUGUAUAUAAUAAAGAAAAUUGGGCAAGUCAUAUUGAUAAAAACCUGCCAUAUAUAUUACAAAACGUUUGUUAUGUUUAUGGCGAUAAUAAACUUGUGGAAAAUUAUAAAAAAAAAGUUACAGAGUUUUUGCGUAGUCAUGAAAACGAACAAACCAGAUUUAACUGUGAGUUAAGAGCCAUUAAAAUACUCAAUGAAGGUAUAUUAGAGCUUGACUACCUUCAUACAACACCACAUCUUAAACCAAAAGAAACCUAUUUUAAAGGUGAUAUACAUAAAUUUCAACCUGACUUCUUUGAUACAGAAGGUCAAUUAUUUGACGUAAAGCAAGAAAUUUAUCGGUUACCUGAUCGCAUGAUACAUAAUCUUGGUUUGUAUUAUGGUAUUGAAGAAAAUUGUGCUUGGGAUAUAUUAGAUAAAUUAGAGGCUAAAGGAAUUAUUAAUUCACAGGCAGCACUUAAUUUAAAAUAUACUAUAUCUUUUGCUACUUCCAUCAGAUUAAAAACUUAUUCUCAUCACAAAGCACAGAGAGACGAUAUGUCAGUAUUUGUCAGACCAGCUAAAACUGAAUCUGAACUUAAAGAGAGAUCUAAACAGAUAUUUUAUUUAGCUAAAGCAGAUUUAGAAGAACACGGCGAGUUGUUUCAAUAUUUUUAUACAGCGUUACCUUUUCAUGAAAUGAUAAAAGAUUUUUGCAAUCAAUAUCAGACAUUAGACGAAGCAUGCAGACUAUCUUUUUUUAAAAACAACAAUUUUUACAAAGAUGAUUGUGCUACAAAAGGUUUUAUUUAUUUUAGAUUAGCGCAAUAUAAAAAUGCCGAGCACAAUUUCAAGAAAGCGUUAGAUGAUCCAAAUAAUAACAAUAUAUGGCAAAUAGGGGAAACAUUAGGACGUUUAUAUCUUAGUACUGGUAAUUACGAUCAGGCUAUUAAGCAGUUUGAGUAUUGUUCUAAAACGAUAAAACUGAUUUCUUGUGAGGACCCUCAUAUUAGUAACUUUAGCGGAGAGUCUUUAAAUAACUUAGGGGUCGCUUAUAGUUCUAAAAACCGUUAUGAUGAGGCAGUUGAAUGUUACAACAAUAGUCUAAAGAUAUACAAAUCUAUAUACAAAGAUGAGCCUAACCCAAACGUUGCCUCCUGUUUAAAUAACUUAGGAGAAGCCUAUAGAAAUAUAGGUCAAUACGAUCAGGCAAUAGAAAAAUUUAAAGAAAGUUUAAAGGUUAUAAAAUUAAUAUGCCAAAGUAAAUCUCAUCCAAGUUUUGCUGCUUCUUUAAAUAAUCUAGGAUUAGUAUAUAACCGGAAAAAAAAUUAUGAUAAAGCAAUUAAAUAUUAUGAGAAAAGUUUAAAGAUUCACAGGCUUAUUUACAAAGAUGAACCGCAUCCUCGAGUUGCAGAUUGUUUAAACAAUAUUGCAAUAACUUAUCGAGCCAAUGGACAAUAUGAUCAGACCAUCAAGUAUUACAAAAAAAGUCUUAAGAUUUAUAAAUUUGUUUACCAAGAUGAAUUUCACCCCGUUGUUGCUGAUACUCUUUAUAAUUUAGGGAUAGCCUCUGCGGCAAAGUUGCAGCAUGAUGAAGCUGUUAAGUAUUAUGAUGAGUGUAUACAAAUUUACAAACACAUUUACGAUGAUGAACCUCACCAAAACAUUGCUUUAUCUUUCAAAAAUAUUGCAGCUGUUUAUAAUGCAAAAGGGCAAUAUGACAAGGCGAUUGAGUGUUAUGAGGAGAGUCUUAAAGUUUACAAACUAAUUUAUCAAGAUAAACCUCACCCUGGUGUGGUUAUUGUUUUAAGUUCUCUAGGAAAAGUGUAUAAAAAUCAAAAUAAAUAUGACCAGGCAAUAAAAUACUAUGAGGAAAGCCUAUUGAUGGAAAAACUGAUUCAUCAAGAUAAACCUGAUACUAGUGUUGCCGAUAGUUUACAAAAUCUCGGAAUGUUGUUUAAACUUGUUGGAAAACAUGAUUUAGCAAUUAAGUAUUUCGAGGAGAGUUUAAAAAUGAAAAAAUUAUUCUAUAAAGAUGAACAUCAUUCUAGUUAUUCUAUUACUUUAAAUUUGCUUGGAUUUGUUUAUGCUGAUACAGGUGACUAUGAUCAAGCAAUAAACUACGCUAUGCAAAACUUAAACUUAAACAAACUAGUUUAUAAAAACCAACCUCAUCCUGAUGUUGUUGAUUGUUUAAAUAAUCUUGGAUUAAUUUACAGUGAUAAACAACAUUAUGAUCAAGCAAUUAACUGCUUUGAGCAGAGUCUGGCAAUGAAUAAACUUAUAUACCAUGAUAAACCUCACCCUAGUGUUGUUACUAUUUUAAAUUCUCUAGGAUAUAUGUAUAAAAAUAAAACCAAAUAUCAUCAGGCAAUUAAGUAUUAUGAGGAAAGCCUAGCGAUGGAAAAAUUUAUUCAUCAAGGUAAACCUUACCUUAGUGUUGCUGAUACUUUACAAAAUCUUGGAAUGUUGUAUAAACUUGUAAGAAAAUAUGAUUUGGCAAUUAAAUAUUGCGAGGAAGGCCUUAAAGUGAAAAAGUUUAUUUAUAAAGAUGAACAUCAUCCAAGUUACUCUAGUUCUUUAAUUUUUCUUGGAUUAGUCUAUGCUGAUACAGGUGAUUAUGAUCAAGCGAUCAACUACACUACGCAAAACCUAAAUUUAAACAAACUAAUUCAUCAAAAUCAACCUCAUCCUGAUGUUGCUGAUAGUUUAAAUAAUCUUGGUUUAAUUUACUACGAUAAAGGGCAAUAUGAUCAAGCAAUUAACUGCUAUGAGCAGAGUCUAGCAAUGAAUAAACUUAUCUACCAAGAUAAACCUCACCCUAGUGUUGCUUAUUCUUUCAAUAGUCUUGGGUUACUUUAUAUUAGUAUUGGAAAGUAUGAUCAGGCAGUUAAUUACUGUGAGGAAAGCCUUAAAAUUUAUAAACUAGUCUACCAAAAUGAACAACAUCCAGAUGUUGCUCAUUCUUUAUACAAUUUAGGUAUAGCUUAUUUCUCUAAAGAAAACUAUGAUCAGGCAAUUCACUACUUUGAGCAGAGCCUACAAAUGGAAAAGCUUAUAUAUAAAAAUCAACCUAAUCCUAGAACUGCUGAAAUUUUACAUAACCUUGGGUUAAUUUAUGUUAAUAAAAAGCAAUAUAAAGAUGCCAUUAAUUUCUAUGAGCAAAGCCUAGACGUAAAAAAACUUAUCCUCCAGCACCAACCUCAUCCUAGUAUUGCUAUUUUGUUAAACAAUCUUGGAUUGGUUUAUGCUGACAUAGAGCAAUAUGACCAAGCAAUUAAAUACCAUCAGCAAGCUUUGCAAGUUAUACAAGUUUUUGAGAAUCAUCCUUAUACAGCUAAUAUAGAAAAAUGUUUUCAAAAAACAGAGGCAGCAUUUGUUGAAAAAUCUUCUUCAAAUCCGCAAGAGAUAACUUCAUUAAUGCUGCGUCAACGACAAUCAAGCCCGCAAGAGAUACCCUCAUUAAUGCUGCGUCAACAACAAUCAAACCCGCAAGAGAUACCUUCAUUAAUUCUUCGUCAGUAGCAUUCAAGCUGGUCCGUUCAAUUUUUCUUUUUUAAAUAAUAAUUUUUAGUCCGUUCAA